GCAGAGGGGGGUGGAGGACACUGAGUGGAGGCCAGUGGAGGGAUUGGCAGAGAGGGGUGGAGGACAUUGAAUGGAAGUCAGUGGAGGGAUUGGCGGAGAGGGGUGGAGGACACUGAGUGUAGGCCAGUGGAGGGAUUGGCAGAGAGGGGUGGAGGACACUGAAUGGAAGUCAGUGGAGGGAUUGGCAGAGAGGGAUGGCAGAUACAGAACGGUUAGAAAGGUGGAUGAGUCUGGCAGCAGCAUUCAUGAUAACUGAAGAGGGGAUAGCCUGCGAUGAGGGACAGGCAAGUGGUACAAAAGAGUGAGCAGAAGACAGUGGAAGGAUUGGCAGAGAGGAGUGGAGGACACUGA